GCAGUGUCUCCUCCAGUCGCGGCAGUGUCGCCUCGCCGUCGCCGCCACGCUCAUGAAAACCGCCCAUAUUCUUCCAUGAUAACCUCUCUCUCUCUCUGCUUCCACAAAACGCCAUUUCCUUAUAUAUCCCUUCUCCAUUUUCUCAUUCUCCUUCUUCUCAACACUUCAAUGUAUUUCUCUGACAAAAUGCAACGCUUCAACAUGGCCUUCUCUGACUACAACCAAGCAUUGGAAAAAGAACGUCCUAAGAUUCAGGUCUUCUCUAAAGAGCUUCCUCUCUCCUUGGAACUGGUCACUCAAGCCAUUGAAACUUGCAAACAACAAUUGUCUGGCACCACAAGUGAGUAUAAUUUGAAUGGCCAAUUGGAGCAUACAACAUCAACGGGACCUGUUUUGGAGGAGUUUAUUCCAACCAACAAGGAAAGGGCUUCAUCCCCUUGUUUUGAUGAAGAUGAUGAACAACAUUCUAAUAAGACGAGGGUUCAAAGGAGGACGGCGAGGGUGAGGGCGAGGAGGACGGCGCAGCUGCCGCCCUCGAUGAGGAGGAACUGCGCGGUGUCGAUGUUACAAUGGCGGGCGAUUUCUCGGCUAGUGGCGUGCUAG